UUGUUGCCAUGAAGGGCGUCGGCACAAAAAAUACAAAUACAUGCAACUCAAAAGUGCGUCUUUCAUUCUAUAUUUAGAUGAAAGCGUUAAUUUAUGCCUUUUUUAUUAGUGCGCGCCGUAAUUGAACCAAUAUAAAGAGAAACAGAACAUUUUCAAAAUGAGUGUGAAGAUGACGAAGUAUAAGCACGCCGAGUUUGCAGACGAUGACACAAGUGUCGGAAGUGUGCAGUUCGGGGAAGGGAUAACGAGCAGUGCGACGCACAUAAGGUACUACACGAGUACGAGCAUGUGGAAGAAGCGUUCUUUGUUAGAGAAGGCCUUGUUGAUUUUGGUGGUUACGUUAACUUUUGUUAUUAUGGUGCUGGCUUUCUUACUGGCGGCGGCCGAUACACGAAUUCGCGAGGGCACGGUCUUAAACGUGGCAACGAAUGUGGCGCAUAAGCCGUGUCUGACCAAGAAUUGUAUAGAAAUUGCCAGUUCGAUUCUGCAGGCGAUGGACACGGCGGCCGAUCCGUGCGAAGAUUUUUACUCGUACUCGUGUAACGGGUGGAUCAAAAAUAAUCCAAUACCGGAAGGUAAAAGUAAUUGGGGUACGUUCAUGAAACUGGAACAGGAGAAUCAGCUUGUUGUUAAACAUGUUCUGGAAAAACCAAUAGAGAAUCUAAAAUCGAAAGCCGAACAGAAAGCUAAGUGGUAUUACGAAUCCUGUUUGGACGUUAACGAAACGAUCGAAGAGUUGGACGCCAAACCGAUGCUUAAUCUCAUAAGUAAAGUCGGGGGAUGGAGCGUCGGCGACGCUAAUUUUAGUAUAAAAACUUGGAGUUUACAGAACGUUCUGCAAACCAUACAGAACAAGUACAACAUUGGUGCUUUGUUCUCGUACAUAGUCGGCGAGGACGAUCGUAACUCGUCGCGGCAUGUCAUACAAAUAGAUCAGAGCGGACUGACGCUGCCGACACGAGAUAACUAUCUGAACGCGACCGACCACGAAAAACUGCUCAAAGCGUAUCUCGAUUACAUGACAAAGGUGGGAGUGCUACUUAACGGUAAUCCGAACGAUACUCAAGCCCAAAUGCAAGCUGUGAUAGAUUUCGAGACCAAAUUAGCGAAUAUAACGACACCCUCCGAAUUACGAAGAGACGAAGAAUCUCUUUAUCACGCCAUGCCGAUUUCCGAGCUGCAGGAACGGGCAGGAUUCAUAGACUGGAAGCUAUUCUUCGAAAAUGCCUUAAAAAUUGUGGGUAAAAGGAAGAUCAGUUCGAAAGAGACCGUCGUCGUUUACGCGCCCGAGUACCUCGAGAAACUGACGACGCUAAUUGAGGAGUAUCAGGGCACGGAGGAGGGCAAGAUAGUUUUAAAUAAUUACCUGAUGUGGCAGACGGUUAAGACGUUUACGAGUUUUCUAUCGAAGGCGUUUCGGGAUGCCUAUAAGGGGUUGCGUAAGGUGCUUUUGGGCACGACGGAGGGCGGAGAGGAACCGCAAUGGCGAUAUUGUAUUGCGGACACCAAUAACGUUUUAGGUUUCGCAAUUGGUGCGAUUUUCGUGCGAGAGGUAUUCCAAGGCGACUCAAAAACGCAAGCGGAAACGAUGGUGAACAACGUACGAACCGCGUUUAAAAACAACUUUAAGAACCUAAACUGGAUGGACGUCGAGACCCGGAUAGCGGCCGAGAAGAAAGCCGACGCCAUUUCGGAUAUGAUCGGCUAUCCCGAGUUCAUCCUCAAUCCCAACUUGUUGGACGACCGUUACAGUAUUCUCGACAUUCGCAACGACGAGUACUUCGAGAAUAACAUUAAGGUCAACCUGUACGCCCUACGGAAAAAUUUGGAGAAGAUCAACGAGCCGGUGAACAAGACGACGUGGAGCAUGUCACCUUCGACCGUCAACGCCUACUAUACGCCGACCAAAAAUCAGAUGGUAUUCCCCGCCGGAAUUUUGCAGAGACCGUUUUACGAUUCAAGGUAUCCGGCGAGUUUGAACUAUGGCGGUAUGGGGGUGGUGCUCGGUCACGAGCUGACGCACGGUUUCGACGAUCAAGGGCGCGAGUACGAUAAGAAUGGCAACAUGCACCGGUGGUGGAAAAAUGAGACAAUCGAAAGAUUUAAGGAGCGAACGAAGUGCGUCGUAGAUCAAUACGAUAAGUUUAAGAUUAAUAAUAAAAAUAUAAACGGCAACCAGACCUUAGGAGAAAAUAUCGCCGAUAAUGGCGGAUUGAAGGCUGCGUAUCACGCCUACUUAAUCGUUACGGACGGCGAAGCGGAGCCACCUCCACUGCCCGGCUUGAAUUUAACCCAUCGGCAGCUCUUCUUCAUCGCAUUCGCGCAGGUGUGGUGCUCGUCGGCGACGAACGAGUCGUCGAGCUUACAGAUCGAGAAGGACGCCCAUUCGCCGGCGAGAGUACGUGUCUUAGGCUCGCUAGCCAAUUUAAAGGAAUUUAGUGACGAGUUCAAAUGCAAGUCCGGUAGUAAGAUGAAUCCGAAGAAUAAAUGCGAGGUAUGGUGAACUGGCCUAAACGUGAAACUGGUGAUCUAGCUAGUCUGCGAUAAGAUUUCUACUACCUACAUAUAAGUUUUGUACCUGAUUAGUUGCGUGUUUAUAUACUCAUUCAGGUCCUUUGUUAUUUCGGCUGUGGCGCAAACAAUGAGCUUCGCGAAAUGCCGCGGUUGUUUGUUCAUGGCGAUGGUGGUACCAAUAGACUCCCAUCUGGAUAGGGACCAAGAAAUCGCGUCCUAAAAAUUGGAGUCUAUUGGUAACCCUUCUGACAUCUAUUUAUUUGUAUAAUCCUUAUGGUGAGCACUGUUAGCAAACGAAAUGUUUCAUUUCUUGGCAAUUUGUGACGUCACCAUGAGUGGCCGUCUCGUCUGGACAGUUGAGUUGACGCUCCUACAAGACUGAAAAUAAUUCAUUACUGGAUUUAUCAGCUUCUCUGAUGUAAAGGUGUGUCUUUGUUGAAUAAUGGAUUAAUUGCUUCGGGAUCGGAGUUUAUGAACAAUUUUUUACUUUGCGCGAAUACGUCCUUUCUAUUUUUGGUAGAACGAGUGAAAAUGAAUUUAAUUUGUUGUCGUUUGAAAUUACUCCAAGAAAAACCGCUAGUAUGCCGCUCUCCCGAAAACGCAACGACUAGAUUACGAUUCUUUUCACGCUAACCGCCCGAUCUAAAUUUUUGUAAUCGCCGACCGACCGACUGCUGACUGUCUCUAUCUCUCCCCUUUAUCCUUCUUCUAUACUAUCUAUGUUGAGGAGCAGAAACUCUGAAACGGACCUAGCGAAAAUCUCGCGACAGCGUCUCCUUUUAGCCAAUCCGCGAGUCCCGUUUUCGUUAUCUUGACUCUGGAAAAGGGAACUAACGAAGUUAGAUGGUUUACCUGCUAUCUCGGUAAGAACCCUCGCCCCAAUGUACCGGGUGACCCAAUAAGACUGUUCCUCGGCCAUAUCUCGAGAAGCGUUCGUCAUAUGACUUAGGGGUAAAAUAAAUUAUUGGGUAAAUCGGUCAGGAAGAAU